GGGUCAUCAUAAACAAAACAUCAUCUUCUUCUUCGAACCAAAACCCUAAAACCCUAAAACUAAACCGAAAACCCCUAAUUUCGUCACUGCCAUAGCUAUAGCUAACGAUUGCAGAGAAGAGGAGAGAGAAAGUGAGAAGAAAUGGGAUACAACAGUAAAAAAAGAGAGAAUAAAGAAUCCGACAAUGGCGAAAGAGAAGAUGCGAAUCCUUCAACUUCAGGCGUAAGAAAGAAGGAACAAAUUCUACCUUCAAUGGUGAAAAACAAAGCAAAAAGGUCUGAAAUUCACGCGAAACUAAAGCACGAGAAGAAGCUUGAGAAGCGUAAGAAGCUUAAAUCUCGCGAUGCUGCUGAUAAACGCGCGCUUGAGCUCGGCGAAGAGCUUCCGGCGAGGCCGAUUCCUCGUACGAUUGAGAAUACUAGGGAAGCUGAUGAGACUGUUUGUAAGCCUGGUGAUGAAGAGUUGUUUGCGGAACUGGAAACUGAUGAAUUCAGUGGAGUUCUGAAAACCGAGCGGAUUCCGAAAGUUUUGAUCACCACAUGCCGUUUUAAUUCCACUAGGGGACCUGAUUUUAUUAAAGAAUUACUUGAAGUGAUCCCAAAUUCAGCUUACCGUAAGAGAGGGACCUAUGAUCUGAAGAAGAUCAUUACUUAUGCAACUAAAAAGGAUUUUACUUCUUUAAUGGUUGUCCAUACUAAUAGAAGAGAACCAGAUGCUCUCUUAAUUAUUGGCCUACCUGAUGGACCAACUGCGCAUUUCAAGCUUUCAAAACUUGUGCUACGGAAGGAUAUUAAAAAUCAUGGUAAGCCCACCAGUCAUUCGCCUGAGCUAGUGCUAAAUAACUUCACGACAAGGCUUGGUUGUCGCGUUGGAAGGAUGAUACAAUCGCUGUUUCCACAAAAUCCAGAAUUUCGUGGUCGCCGGGUUGUUACCUUUCACAAUCAACGGGAUUAUAUAUUUUUUCGCCAUCAUAGGUAUGUGUUUGAAGCCAAAGAUAAAAAGCGUGCAGACUCCAAAAAUAAAGACAAGGAUACGGCAGAGAUAAAGAUCUCAGAUAAAGUCAAGGCCCGUCUUCAGGAAUGCGGCCCGCGGUUUGUAUUGAAAUUAAUUAGUCUCCAGCAUGGAACAUUUGAUCCUCGAGGCGGUGAAUUUGAAUGGACUCAUAAGCCGGAGAUGGACACCAGUCGAAGGAGAUUUUUCUUGUGAUUUACCCCUGGAUUCCUAUGGAAAUAUUUGGCCCAUGGGGUAACUGUAAAGUCUCAAAUUUUGUCAAGUCUGUCAUUGGAUUUUGUUUUUCCCUAAUUGUAGCCCCCUUUAUGAAUGUUAUCAUGCCUGUGAACAAAUAUUCUAUUGAUGAAAUACAAUUAAUUUGUUUGUUUGAACAAA